AUGGGGUUUUCGGCUGCAGCGCGCGGGGAAACGCGCGGCCAAAGUUCGGUUCAGGGCGCGCCUGGAGGAGCUGCUGCUGGAGGGGGGGGGCGGCUGCCCCGCAGGUGGCAGCCGGGCAUCCAGAACCCGCAGCGGGGGAUGGUGGUCUGGGUGGUGCCCGAGACCCUCGAGGUGGUCGUGACCCUGUACCGGGACCCCCAGGCCACCACCUUCGAUGACAAAAUCUGGAACUUCCUCGUGGUCAACGAGUCGCGGGGGCGGCGCUCGGUGGUGGCCGCGGCCCCGCUGGAGUUGGGGCGCCUGGCGGGGGUUGGGGACACCCCCGUGUCACUGUCCCUGCGCCCCCGCAGCCGCAAAGUGACAACGGCCACGCUGCGGCUGCGGCUGCGCGGGCUCGUCCUGCUGGAGGGACACCCCACGGACGAGGACAUGCGGAGUGUCACCAGCCUGAGCCCCUCCGGGGACGUGGCCGACCUGGGGGACUUCGAGAGUGACCCCGAGGACGAGGGGGGCGCCCCCCCCGCGCCCCCAGCGCCCCCCCCCAGCGGGGACCCCCCGAAUUUGGGGACCCGGAGGGACCCCCCGGAGCCGGGGGGGGACCCAGAGACCCCCCCCGAAAUCAGUGCCGACCCCCCCGGGGGUCGCGGGGCGCUCCUGGCCUGGUGCCGGGGGGUCACGGCCGGGUACCGGGGGGUCGCCGUCACCGAUUUCGGGGGGUCCUGGAGCAGCGGGUUGGGGUUCUGCGCCCUCCUGCACCGGCUGAGACCCCGAGAGAUCGACUUCGAUGCUCUGGACCCGCGGGACCCCCGGGGCAACAACAAACGGGCCUUCGACGCCUUCGCGGCCUUGGGGGUCCCGCGGCUCCUGGACCCCUCGGACAUGGAGACCCCCGACCCCCUGGGGGUCAUGACCUUCCUCAGCCAGGUCCGAGCGAUCCUGGGGACCCCCCCGGGGACCCCCCCGGACCCCCGGAGCGGCUCCAGCGAGGGGGGGCCCCGAGAGACCCCCCAGGACCCCCAGAACCCCCCGGAAACCCAAACCGGGACCCCCCCGGACCCCCAGAGUGACGUCAUUGAGGGGGGGCCCCAAACGACCCCUCCCGGGACCCCCCCGGACCCCCAAAUCAGCGUCACCGAGGGGGAGCCCCAAGAGCCCCCCCGGCACCCCCGGACCCCCCCAGAGACCCAAACCGAGACCCCCCCGGACCCCCAGAGUGAUAUCACCGAAGGGGGGCCCCAAACGACCCCUCCCGGGACCCCCCCGGAACUCCAAAUCGGCGUCAGCGAGGGAGGGGCCCAAGAGCCCCCCCAGACCCCCCCAGAGACCCAAACCGGGACCCCCAUGGACCCCCAAAUCAGCAUCAGUGAGGGGGGGCCCAAAUUAACCCCCCCGGGAUCCCCCAGGACCCCCAAAACUGUUUCAGCGAGGGGGGGCCCCAAGAGCCCCCCCAGGACCCCCGGACCCCCCCAGAGACUCAAACCGGGACCCCCCCGGACCCCCAAAUCAGCAUCACCCCCGGAGCCCCCCGAGGAGGAGAGCGGGGGACAGUGGGUGGUGGCCGAGCUGGUGGCCCUGGAGCAGGACCAGGCCCAGUUGGACGCUCAGGCCCCAGCGCUGGAGCGGGAACUGCGGGCGCUGAUGGACAGCGGCGCGGACCCCGCCCGCGAGGAGCGGCUGCUCCGGGAGUGGUUCUCGCUGGUGCAGCGCCGCAAUUUGCUGGUGCGGCGCCAGGACGAGCUGCAGCUGCUGGCGCAGGAGCGGGACCUGGAGCGGCGCUUUGAGCUGCUGAGCCGGGAGCUGCGGGGGCUGCUGGGGACAGAGGAGUGGCAGAAGCCGCCGGCGCAGCGGCAGCGCGAGCAGCUCUUACUGGAGGAACUGGUGGCACUGGUGAACCGGCGGGACCGGCUGGUGCGGGACCGGCACCGCCGCGAGUCCAGGAGGAGGAUGAGGAGCUGCGGAGGAGCCUCGAGCUGCGGCGGCGCCGCUGCGGCCGCAGGGAAACGUGUGGGAUCUGCUGAGGGACCCCCGGGACCCCCAAAACCCCACCGGGACAAACCCCGGGACCCCCAAAACCCCACCGGGACAAACCCCGGGAUCCCCAAAACCCCACCGGGACAAACCCCGGGACCCCCAAAACCUCCCCAGGACCCCCAAAACCUCCCCCGGACAAACCCCGGGACCCCCAAAACGGGAUUAAAGUGUGACCCCGGCAUGUGA